AUGAAAGAAGAAAAUAAAGGUGGCCGCCUUAGGCGAUCGACUAGACAACAACUUAAACAGCAACAACAUGAACAACUAGUGCAACAACAACAGCGAGCAGAAGAAGAAGAGCAACAACAACAACAACAACAACAACAGCAAUUACAGUUGAAACAGAAAAAGAUGAAGCAACUGAAACAGAAAGAAUUGGAUCGAAAUCAACAUGAUACGACACAACAAGAAACACCAGAAUAUCAUGAUAUGAAAGAAGAAGAUUUUGAGCGACUCAUGGAAGAGAUGCAAAUAGAUAAGAAUGAUGAUGAUAGCGAUGGGUCGUCUGAGGAGUAUAUUUUUUCUGACGAAUCCGAAGAUUAUGACGAUUACGAUAACAUUAACAAUAACAAUGAUAAUAACAACAUGGGGGGUUCAAUAUUGAGCGAUGAGUCUGAAGAAGAUGAUUAUGAUGAAGAUUAUAAUUUUAAAGAUGCAUUGAAAGGUGCAAGUAAUUUUAGAGUUCGAAAUCGAAGAGAAAAGAUCAGCAUAAAAUCCAAAUCCUACUAUAAACGGAAAAUGAUGAGAGCCGACAAUCGAGAGUUGGAUCCAGAAGUACGACUGAAUUUAUCACAAGCUAAUGAAGCAUUUGUUCGUAAAGAUUUGCAAGUAGCCCAACAAUUAUAUCUUGAAGUUAUUAAGAAGGAUCCCAAAAACUUUAGUGCUUACAAGGCAUUAGGGGAAAUAUCCAAAGCACAAGAACAACUUAAUGAAUGUUGUAAUUAUUGGUUAUUAGCAGCCAAUAUUCAUCCUUGGGACACUGAAUUUUGGGGCCAAGUUGCCCAAUUAUCAGCAGAAUUGGGUCAUAUUGAUCAAGCUGUUUAUUGUUAUGGACGUGCAAUUACUCCAGAUAUUACAAAAAGCUGUGAAUUUAUAUUACAACGUGCCAUACUUUAUCAAGAGCGGAAACAAUUUGGUAAAGCAUUAGAUGGAUUCCAAAAAGUGCGACAAUUGUAUCCCAAAGAUUCUAAUAUUAUAAAAUAUUUGGCAGCAGUUUAUCUGGAACAGAAAAGAUUGAAUGACGCAAUUAAUCUAUAUAUGAAAGUUUUAGAUAGCAACAUUCAUCCAGAACGAGAAUCCAGUGAAUUGUAUCCUAAAUUCGAUUGGGCAGAACUAAAUAUUUUGUUGGAAUUACAUUUACAAAACCAUUCAUGGAGGAUGGGAUUGAAUGUAUUGAAAUUAGCAUCAAGAUGGAUUCAAAACCGAAGUCAAGAGACUUGGUGGGAUGAGAAUGAAGAUUUGGAGUUUGAUUCACGACAAAGAUUCGAAGUGAUUCUGGCAUUAUCAUCUCAAGACCAAAUAGAUUUAGCUGAGAAUAAACCGUUUGACCUACCGAUUGAUAUUCGAUUUAAAUUGGGUUGUUUACGACUCGAGUUGCAGCAAAAAGAUGUAGCUGUUCAACACUUUAAUUAUUUAUUGGAGGAACAAGAUGUUGCCGAUUUACAUUUUGAAGCUGGGAAAUUACUUGAAGAACAUGGUCAUUAUGAAGAUGCAUUGAAGUUUUUACUGAGAGCCAUGGAAGAUGCAGAAUUCACAACUAGUUUAGAGCUUGUUCAAUUAUUGGCCAAAUGUUAUUUUGAAGUUGGGGAUUACCAUGAAUCAAAACAGGCUUACGAAGCUUUAUUACAACAUGAUCCAGAUAAUUUAGAUUUGAAAUUAUCAUUAGCAGAAAAUUUGUACUAUUUGGGAGAUAGUGUUGGUGCUCAACAUUUGAUUCGCCAAGUUCGACAAUCCAAACCCAAAGUACCUCGCAAGAAUGGGGGAACAACAGAAGAAGAAGUAGAAGAAGACGAAGAUUUGAAUUUGGAUACUUCACAAUCGGGAAACAUACGGUCUUUGAUUCCAAACGAAUUCAAAAUUCAUGGCAAGAGAAAACUUACUGAACAAGAGAAAGAAGAAAUUGAAAACAAUGCUAAACGGAAAGUUUUGGAAAAAUUCGGACGUAUGGAAAGAUUACAAGAAUCAAUAGAUUUUGGCGACAGAAUUGCCAUUGGUGCUUGGUUACAAUUGGCAUCACAGUUGAUUGAAAUUUUCACUAAUGUCAAAAGUUUUUUCCCUCGAGACAAGAAUAGAACAUUUAAUGGUAUUGUGAGAUAUCGUAGACGUAAGGAUAUGGGUCUUGAUGAAAAAUUGGCGCGUGCUUACAAUCUAUUAGAAGGGAUAGUACAAGAUGAAAAUUAUACUCGACAUACAUUGACCAAUAAAACCGAAUAUCGUGGACUUAGCUAUGAUCAAUGGUUUGAUAUUUUUGCCCAAUAUGCAGUUUUGAUAUCCCGUUAUGAAAAUAAAAUUGAUUAUGCUGAUGAAAUUGUUGAUAUUGCCCUUGCAGUAAAUGUUUUUAUUCAGGAUAAGCGUAAGGAAACUAUAUUAAGAGCAUUGAAAUUAGCAUUUGGAGUUAGGCGAAAUCGUGUUGUUGAUUCACUUUUCGUAUAUCUUCGACAUUUUUUAAACUUGAACCAAUUUUCCCCAUUUAUUUAUAAAUUGUUUAUGUGUUGUUAUGGUUCCGGAAUUGAAUAUUGGGAACAAUUUGCAAGUUAUAAUCAUCAAAAAUAUUUUUUACGUCAAUUAAAAAGUUAUGAUUCUUGUUAUACUGGGAAGAAUGUUUCUGGAAUGGCUCAUAUAACUACCGAUCUUAGUGGAUUUGAAUUAGGACCUCAUCAUCUUGAUCUCAUUUAUGUGUAUGGGAAUUUACUUGGAGGUAAUAAAAGUUAUGUUUCUUCCCUUUUCUAUUUGAAUCGAGCUUACAAGCAAUAUAAUCAAGAUCCAAUGUUAUGUUUAAUUUUGGGUUUAGGUCAUCUUCAUAGGUCAAUGCAAAGAUUGAGUUCAAAUAGACAUAUCCAAUUGCUUCAAGGGAUAAGUUAUAUUUUAGAAUAUAAAAAACUUCGUCAAUUGAAUGCCACAAUAUAUGAAUUACAGGAAAUCGAGUAUAAUUUGGGUCGACUUUUCCAUACUCUUGGACUAUUUACACUUGCAGUACGACAUUAUGAAAAAGUUUUAACUAUGAAGGAUGAAAUUGCAAACAGUAGUAAUGAUAAUUAUGAUUAUGACAUGUCUUGGGAAGCUGCUUAUAAUUUGUCAUUAAUUUAUAAUAUCGACGGUAAUCCAAAAUUGGCAAAAGAAAUAAUUGACAAGUAUUUAACAAUAAUGUAA